AUGAAGAACGAUGAGAAAGAAGAGACGAAGACUAAUUUGCUCGGCAUUUUAGUGGAAGCGACGGAUUGCGCCAGCCCUUUAGUACAAAUUAAGACGACAAAAAAAGACGACGAGAGCACUCCUCCUCCUCUUCCUUUCCCGUCCCGUAAUCCUCCUCCUCCUCUCGAAACCGACAAAAACGACGACGACGACGACGAGAACUUUGAAUUGGAAAAUAUUCAAAAUUCAAAAAUUGAAGAAGAAGACCAAAAGGAGGCGAAGCGGCGAAGCAACGCGCAACAACCAGAUGAAGAAGAAAAAGAAGAAGAAAAAGAAGAAGAAGAAGAAGAGACUACCUUUACGACGACGAAAACUAGUGGUAUAAUAGAUGAUGAAGCAACAACAGCAAUCGAAUCAAUCGCGAAAGCGGCGCCAAAGCAAGGGUUGAAGAUGUUCGUCCAGUGGCUGGACGCGCUCGUGUUUGACUUGAAAUCUCGCGCGGCGACGUUGAAACGAUCGAAGAAGAGAGCGCAAAAAGCCUUCCUGAGAAUGCAGAAAGAAGAGAAGAAAAAGUAUGGCUUCUCCUUGGAAUCGGCGUCGGCGAAGACGAAAGGAACGAAGAAGAUAAAGAAGAACAUUAAUAAAAGUACGAGAGAUUUGAAAAUGUUACGCGCUUUGGAAGAUUUUUGGGGCGUGGAGUUGAGCGAGACGGAGAAAUCGCUCGAACGAGCGCGAGCGACGUUGAAAGCGCACACGUUGAUGCUCGCGGUGGAAAAGGACGACGAGAAAGCCAUCCUCGCUUCCGCCGUGGCGUUUUAUCGAACGUCGUUUGGUUUGAUUUCAGAACGUGUUGUUGUCAAAAGAGAGUAA